AUGGAUGUACGCACGGUUCUCGAUAGCUAUUUGCGGAAAGCCGUCCAUCCGAACAAUCACGAUUUGGACGUGUCCGCAAUCGAUCAGUUCUGUCUGACGUUGAAAAAGGAUCCGUCCAAGAUGUCCAUUGCCCGGGAGCUGCUUGUAAGCCGGAUACAGUCUCCCAACACGAAGGAAUCAUUGCUUGCGCUAGAGGCGCUGGAAGAAUGCAUGGAAUCGUUGGGCCGGGAGUUUCGGUCGGAAAUAAACAAGUUUCGGUUUCUCAACGAACUGAUCAAGAUGGUUUCGAAGAAGUACAACGGUGACCAAACACCGCGCGAAGUUUCCGACCGUAUUCUAAACAUUCUACUUACCUGGACGAACAAGUACGAUCCGUGCGAUUGUGAUAAAAUACAGGAAGCGUAUAAUCUGCUUGCAACCCAGGGCAUUCAGCAUCGGUCACAGCAGAACGUGAUCAUCCGCGGUCCACCGGUCCGACAUCCGGACGAGCGUGGUCCGGUGCUGGACAAGGAGCAGCAAAAGCUGAAACAACUCAUCAGCAGCGGUAAGCCGGAAAACUUUGAGAAAGCGAACCUGCUGAUACAGAAUCUGUACCGGGACGAGGAACGCCGUACACAGAUGAAGAGUCGCCGGUUGACCGAGCUGCAGAAGGUGGCAGAAAAUACGAAGCUGCUGAACGAAAUGUUGGAUCAGUAUCGGGCCGGUGAAACGUCGGACGAUGAGUUGGCGAUACUGAGUGAAAUUUAUGAAUCGUGUGAAAGUGCCCACCCAACGAUUGUCCGGCUGGCGGAAGAAACACAACACAGCGAAGAAAUGCUCGUUCAGUCUCUUGAGAGCGGAUGCAAGAAUGUAGGAAAAUUCUGGAGUUUAGCUAGUGAAUUUGAAAAAAUAUUCGAAGUUAAUGAUGCGCUUACGCUAGCGUUGGAUAAAUAUCGCGUAAAAGUACUUCAUCAACAACCGGCAGAGCGGGUAGCGCUGGCACAGCGUAACACCGACGAGUCGAUGACACUUCCCGCCAUAAACUACACACCCAACAUUACGCGACCGGAAGCACUGGACACACUGUUCGAUGUGUCCAGUGAUGUACCGGGAAGUGGUGGCAGUGUAACUACUACCUCGCAGCGUUCAAACUAUGACGAUUUGAGUGACAUAUUCUCGUCAUCUGGCAGCAACGGAACGCCCGGCGACGGUAAACUGCUGCCGGAAGCGAUUGCCCACAGUGGUGUACCAACCGCGUCCGGGUACGGCAUUAACGGGUUGAAAGCGAACGAAACCAAAUCCAAAGAUAAUCUGAUGGAAUUAAAUUCCAUUCUCAGCAGCAUUAGGAAUAACGCCAGUGCAUCUUCUCCGGCGGGUUCGAUAGGCACAAAACCGAUUGUACCAUCGAUGGGUAGUGCUGCUAAGAAAACUUCACCAACAACAGCAGCAGCAGCGGCACAGAAUGGUUCUAGUAGUGGUGCUGGAUCGUCUAGCAAAUCCAUUCCCGAACUGGAUUCCAUCAUUAGUGGUAUGAAAGCGACCCUGCUUUCGGGACCGGCGGUGGCUUCCGACGAGGUACAGCAAUCUGUUUCAACACCAAAACCUGAACCGUCCGAAGCAGGAUCGGAAGAAGAUGAUCCCAUUUUGGCAGCACCGGUUACAAAAUCUCUACAAACCCCAUCAAAUUCGGAGCAAAGCGUGCCAGUCGAGGUUCUUGUGGCCAAGCCGGAAUUGAAAGCACUGGCGGACAUUGUGAUCGAUCUUGAUUGUAUUCAGCCGAGCCGGGAACCGUCACGUACCGUGCUGGAUGAUAAGGAAGGCCUUCAGAUUACGCUUAACUUUGCAGCCGACCAUCCACGGCCUGAUGUGACGGUGAUUGUUAUUUCCACGAUUAAUCAGGGCCGUACCAGCAUUCCCAGUUUUCAGUUCGAUGCGAGCGUACGGAAGCCUUGCAAGUUGAGACUGUUGUCACCGUCUGCCACCAGCCUACCCGGUACGAAACCGUUCCGACCGCCGGCGGAUGGUAUUACGCAGGUGCUGCUGCUGGCUAACCCGACCGGUGAACCGGUCGAUCUGACCUGCAUCCUGACGUACCUGGUGGGUGACGAUCCAGAUCCGAUCAAGGAAUCGAUCGUUAUGCAGGCGGUACCAUCGGUGCGAGAAUGA